AUGACAACGCUAGUUGAGGCGCUUCAGCGAAAAUUUAAAGAUCUCGCUGCUGAUGAAUUAUCUCCAGAAUGCAAACUAAAGCCCGCCUCACGUGCUGGUGGCACCGUCCCUGUUUGCACACGUGUAAUAGCAAUGGAUCAUCAGGAAAUCAGUUGCAUCGGCGACCCGAAAGAAAUGGGUUCCAUUUUUGAGGAUGUUCGCGAAUUGGAUGUAUCUACAAAUCACAUUCGUUUUUGGUCAGAUGUAUUUGUUCUUCUGGAGAGUUCACCCCAACUUCAAUUCCUCAACCUCAGCUACAACCCAUUGCACGAGUCCUCUCUUUUCUGCGAAUCAGAUCGGUUACCUGACCUUUCUACGCAAAGCGCUCUAUCUCAUAACAAUAAUUGCUGUGCAGAUUUAGGAUGUGAUUUAAAUUUACGAACAAAUUCCAGUAAUUCAGCAAUCAAUUUAUUAGUUGAACUUUCCCUCAGUGAAUAUGAACGGCAGAAUGAACAAUGUAAAUUGGUACCAGUCUGCCUUUCCCACCAACUCAACACCCUUAUGCUUAAUUCCACUCACGUCCCCUGGAAACGUGUCCUCAUCCUCUUGAACUACCUUCCCAAUCUCACAACCCUACACACCGCGCUCAACGACUACCGAUAUUGUUGCCAGGAGGCAACGACACAACCAGAUCGACAGGACGUCGCAAAUUGCGCCUCCUCUUUCCCCAACCUCACCCACCUCUACUUCAGUGAGAAUCGCAUCGACGAUUGGGCGACUGUCUGUUGUCUGGGCCGUCAUUUUCCGGGUCUGAAGCACCUGGUACUCCUCAAGAACCCCCUGCCGCGGAUUCAGCGGCCUCCAGGGGACGGGUCGGACCCGUCUCCGCAGAUAUUUGCCAAUUUGAUCGAUUUGAAUUUGACGGAAACGCAGAUUUCUACCUGGGAGUGCAUUGACGCUCUCACCUGGUGGAUGCCAUUUUUGAGUUCUCUGCGAUUGGGCAAGAAUAUUCCGCUUGUCGAGGUGGGAGGAAUACGAUUCACCUGGACACUUGUGGUCUUUUUGCAGGGCUGUGACGCACAGACAGUGCGGUACGAUGUGAUAGCUCGGAUGCCCUCACUGACCUCCUACAAUAUCACUCCGAUCUCGGACGACGAGAGAGAACGAGCUGAAAGAGAUUUUGUCCGACGAUUCGGCCAACUGGACGCCAUCCAACGCCCCUACCGAUACUGGGAGUUGGAGAGCCUCCAUGGACAUUUGCCUCCGCUUGCUUCUGUCAACCUCUCUCCCAAACGCAAUGUACGAUUACGAGUUGUGCUUGAUAACCAAGAGAAGUGGCACACCUGCUGCUUGCGGAGGUCAAUCGCGAAGAUACGGCGUGAGGUGUGUGCGCUGUUUGAAAUGCCCGCCGAGGACGUCAAACGCACCCGAUUGGUCUACUACGACAUGGACCUGAUCGCAGCUCAGGGCCCAGAGGAGAUGCGCAACCUCUCACGCCUCCUCUACACCUACCAUCCGGCCGACGGAGACACAAUUGAGAUCACCCUGCGCAGCUAG